GGUGCUAUUGCAUUGGCUAAGAACCCGGUUCUUCAUGGCCUUACCAAGCACAUGAAGGUGAAGUGGCAUUGGGUGAGGAGCAUGCCGGGCAACCUGGCCGCCGAUGUACCUGGGGGAGCAGAAGGUGUCCGAGCAGCAGUGCUAGCAGAGAUAUACGAAGUGGCAAGGGGAUGGGGGUGUCUGCUGUAGGCUAGAAAAUAAGGGGGGCUAAAUAACAGUGUGCAUAUUAUUGUCAAAGCACGAACUUGUAUUAUAAAUUAUUAGGCAAUGC